AUGCCUACGUCGAUGGGGCGAUGUGAGGAGGAAAUAAACCAGGCUAUAGCGUCAUAUUUGAAAAACAAAGGAUACUCUGAAUCGGUCAAUAGUUUCACGAAAGAAGCCAAUAUUAGCGAUGUAGCCGCAAAAUUCGAUGGUUUAUUGGAAAAGAAAUGGAACGCGCUGCUCCGCUUGCAGAAGAAAAACGAGGAAUUAGAGAGGAAGUUGAGUGGAUACGUCGACAAGGAAGAACGAUUGACAAUGAUUCCAUAUGGGAAAAAGGCUUCCGCUGAAGAUCGAAUCCCUCGGCCGCCGGAAAAGCUCACUCUCGUUGGACAUCGCUCAGCCGUGAAUCGUGUAAUUUUUCAUCCAAUCUACAAUCUGGUCAUCUCCUGCUCAGAUGAUACUUCUAUCAAAGUUUGGGAUUGCGAGAGUGGCGAUUUGGAAAAGACGUUGCGAGGACAUACGGACGCCGUUCACGAUUUGUCUGUCAACAGUAAUGGAAACUUACUCGUUUCGUGUUCUUCUGAUCUACUUGUAAAGCUUUGGGACUUCACCACCUUGGAAUGUUUAAAAAGUCUAAAGGGCCACGACCACACAGUGUCUUCAGUGGCUUUCCUCCCUGAUGGGGAGCACAUUCUUUCCGCAUCACGAGAUACAUCAAUUCGACUAUGGCAGGUUAAUACCGGUUAUUGCCUUUUUGUUUUCCGUGGACAUGAAGAAUGGGUCCGAAUGCUUCGCAUAUCUCCAUGUGGAAAUUUCUUUGCUACUGCUAGCGCCGAUCAUAAUGUACUUGUGUGGUCGAUUGAAAAGCGAUCCGUACAUCAAACGUUGACCGGUCACGCGCAUGUCGUCGAGUGUGUUGAAUGGGCAAAUCAAAUGGUUGACCCAUAUUUAAAGGAAGAGUCAACUUCCGAAGAAAGACUUACGGUGAAGAGGCUCUACUUGGCAUCGGGUGGCCGUGACAAAAAGAUCAAGCUUUGGGAUGCGACAAAUGGGAUUUGCUUGAGAGACUUUCUUGGGCAUGACAAUUGGGUUCGCGAUUUGAAAUUCCAUCCACGAGGCAAAUUUCUUCUCUCUGUGGCUGACGAUAAGAAGUUACUGAUUUGGGCGCUCGACGAGAAACGCUGCCGCAAAUCGUAUGAAGCACACGAGCACUUUGUCUCCUCAAUUGCCAUUCAUCCAAACACUCUUGUCGCCACGUCGAGUGUCGACCAUUCAAUCAAAUUAUGGGAUUCUCGU